AUGAGCUCUCCCACCGUGGACCCGGCACUCAUUGCCAAGGUGACCGACUAUAUAAAGGUCUACAUGUCCAACUAUGACCCAUCACACGACUACAGUCAUAUCAAGCGCGUGGUGCAUCUUGCACAGACGAUUCAAACACAUGUCCCCGACACGAACCGCGAUAUCGUCACUCUUGCGGCACUACUACACGAUGUAGGCGAUAGAAAGUACCUUAAGCCCGGAGAAGACGCCAUGCGCAUGAUCUUUACAGCAUUAACGUCUCUCGGGGCGUCUGAGGCCCUGGCAGAGAAGAUACAAAUCAUUUGCCUUGGAGUCAGCUAUUCGAGCGAAAUCAAGGACCCGGCGCGUGUUCAAACACUUAUUAAAGAAUACCCCGAACUCGCUGUUGUGCAAGAUGCCGAUCGACUGGAUGCUAUUGGAGCGGUGGGCAUUGGUCGCGCUUUUACCUUUGGGGGAGCCAAGGGAAGGGCCUUGGACGAUUCUAUUGGCCAUUUCGAAGAGAAAUUGUUCAAGCUGGAAUCUAUGAUGAAGACGGACGUGGGCAGAGCUAUGGCCCGAGAGAGGACGGAAAGGAUGAGGCUCAUGAAGGAGUGGUUCCAGCAGGAGACUGAGGGAGUUGAGUAG